AUGGAAAACGUGCUAUUUGGAAGACAAGGUAGCGUUGGUAGUGCAAAUUUAACAUUUGCACGAAGCAAAUCUUCAACAGAGACAAAUUACCUUCAGGAAUUAGAACGCAUCAACAAUGAGCUGAGGGGAUUCGUACCAAUUGGGGCAAGUGCAAUUAACCAAGCUGGUGAAAGGGACACCACCACAGAGAUAUCCCAUGUUUCAACGGAAGCUACAGACUCCGGUGUCGACGCCUCAUUGGCUGUCGAACGUGGAAACGAUUUAAAGAGCUCCGUCUCCAUGGAAACUACGAGUGCAUCCGGACUCAGAAGAAGUGAUGAGGAUCCAGCCUUUCCCAGUGGUGAUUUUUACUGA